AAUUUAAGUGUGGCCUAUAAAUCCUAGGAAAAAUUAUGUACAAUUUAGUAUCAGCCACAAAAAAUCCGGUUUUCUCUAUAAUCUUCUAUGGCCGUAUUAUCAUUCUUCUCUAAUAGUUCAUUACGUCAAUCUUACUAGCUUCAGUAUUGGUAUACUUUUCGCAUGAAAUUCAUUGUUCUACUGCAGCAUGAUAUAUUUUCUCUAAUUUUAUAUAUAUAGUACGUUUAUUCUGACGGAUAGUGUCCUGGAUAACGUAGUACCAAAAUAAGUUCGCAGAAAAAGCACUGGGUUAUUUGAUCUAUCAUAGCACUGUCGGAAUGAUUAUUAGGUUCAUUCUGUCGAAUAGAUCAAAAGUUAUUUAAUUUUCAUUAAUGUAAAUAAGUUUAAUAUCGCCUAAUUACAUAGACGUCUUAUCGAAGAAGUUUAAGCUCAUUGCAAUACAUAGUGACACGUUGUUAUACAGUAUGUACAGCAGGAUGAAUGCAAAAUACUUGGUUAGGUUAUGUUCUACCGGCAAGGCUACUUUUUAUAGACCAUGUAGAUUUUAUUCAAAUAGGAAUAUUUUGAAAUUGUAUGAACGUGGAAUGUUUCAAGACAUGUUCCCUGACACAAGUGCUCAGGAGAUUGUUGAUCUUCUGAAUAAGUCACCACAAUGUGUUUAUGCUGGAUUUGAUCCUACUGCAGAAAGUCUACAUGUUGGAAAUUUGUUAGUUCUGAUGAAUCUUUUACAUUGGCAACGGUCUGGACAUCAAGUAAUUGCUUUAAUAGGUGGGGCAACUGGACUUAUAGGAGAUCCUAGCCAUCGCUUAUCAGAACGUGUUGAAAUGAACAAGUUGUUAGUGGAAGACAAUGUUAGAAGUAUUAUGAAUAACAUACAAACACUGUUUGAAAAUCAUAAAAAGUUUCUAUGGAACGAUAAACAAGGCAAAUUGAAACCAGUGAUAUUGGUAAAUAAUAUAAAAUGGUAUUCAAAUUUGAACGUGAUUGACUUUGUGAGAACUGUGGGAAAAUGGUUCAGACUGGGUUCAAUGCUAAGUCGAUCAUCUGUUCAGUCCCGGUUGAACUCCGAUACUGGAAUGAGUUUUACAGAAUUUACUUAUCAAGUAUUUCAAGCUUAUGAUUGGUUACAUUUACUAAAGAACUAUGAUUGUCGCUUUCAAAUUGGUGGUAAUGAUCAAAUGGGAAAUAUAAACUCUGGCCAUGAUCUAAUAUUUAGAUCAACCCAUGAGAAAGUUUAUGGCCUCACCCUACCACUUAUUACUACUGAAGGAGGUCAGAAAUUUGGGAAAUCUAGUGGAAAUGCUGUAUGGCUCUCCAAACAUAAAUCCUCAAGUUUCCAGCUUUAUCAAUUCUUUAUACGAAGUAAGGAUGCUGAUGUGGAACAAUUACUGAAGUUCUUUACAUUCUUGAGUCUUGGCGAAAUUAAGGAUCUUAUGCAAAAACAUGUAGAACAUCCUGAAAAACGCGAAGCGCAAAGAAUUCUUGCGGAACAAGUAACUUUGCUUGUGCAUGGAGAGGAUGGCCUCGAGGCGGCACGACGUACCACAGCUGUUCUCUAUGACAAUUCCAUUGAAUCAUUGGCAAAGAUGACCGCAAAUGAUUUAAUUCAAGUCUUUGAUGGAGCACCUGUAAUAGAAAUUCUACCAGAACCUGGAAUUACAGCUUAUGAUCUUGCAAUUAAAGCAAAAUGUUUCAAAACUGAUAAAGAUGCUAUGAGAAUUAUGGCGGCUGGUGGUUUCUCCAUAAAUCAACAAAAAAUUACCAAUAUAAGCGAAGUCAUCACUCCUGGUAUACACGUAUUACCAAAUAACUUAACACUGAUUCGUGUUGGAAAGAAGAACUAUCACAUAGUAAAAUGGCUGGCAUAGUUAGUAUGUAUAUCAAUUUUAUUUAAAUACAUAGAAUGACUAAAAUGAUACCCAGCACUUCGACUGACUGAAGUUUUUGGUGUGUUGCAAUGAGAUUUCUGAAUCUUUACACUUUAAAUAAUUCCCUGAUAUAGGGAAGUAAAAUAGAAAUAUAAUAUUUGUACGAAUCCCAUGUACAGAAAGUUAUGAAAUUAACUCAAUUUCUCAUAGUACAAAUGUUCCGCAUGGUUCAUCGACACAUGUUUGUAAAUAGAAAAUAAGUACAUUGCCAAUGAAAAAUAUAAAAAUACAGACUUGUCUGUAAAGUAUAUGUUAAA